CUGCAAUACACGGCUUAGAUGAAUACCCGACUCGUGCAAGAACUCGGGCUACAUCCGGCUAAUGACUGCCUUGCCCCCUCCCGAACCGGCGAACACUGAAGAGGGUGCACGCAUUAGCAGCUCACAUUGACCUCAAGAUCGGCAUCUACGCCGGAAUGGAAGCCUGUGGCGAUAUCUGACGCUAAAGACUCCUCCUGCGAGGCUGUGAUGGGCCAUGGACGCGCGCGACCAGGCGACGGCCCGCGGACGGUCACACUCUCCGUCGACUGGCGAUGAACCUCCGCUCAAAAGACAGCGCGUUCUCGCCUGCAGACGAUGUCGACACAGGAAGCAACGGUGUGAGGAUACGAGGCCCUGCACAAAUUGCCAGAAGUCUGGCGAUGAGUGCAUACCAACUGAGCCGGCUCCUCGGCCACAGAUUGACAGCGAGUAUAUCAGGGCUCUUGAAGAGAGAAUUGCUGAGCUGGAAUCAAUGGACCCUGGACAGAGUCUCGACCACAUGCAAGACGCAAGGCCGAAUGGACGACCCGUUGCAAUCCGGGACGACAAUGAAAGGAUAUCUGGGACUUCCAUUCCAAACCACACGCUGGGCGACGCAAACCACGAGAGACAACUAGAAGUCCCAGAGCCGUCUAACACGAUCGACACAUCGCCCCCUGGACGACGCUUCAGCACAAUACAAACCCACCCUCACCAUUCCCCGUUGGGCACAUUUUCACUCGGAGACGACUCGGAUUCCGAAAUAGACCAUGCGAUACCCGGGCUCAUCACUUCACCUUCGACGCAACGCGAUGAUUACAACGGUGUGGCUUCAGAAAACUCACCCAGCAUGCACCUCAACUCUCCGCGCGACAGGAUCCAUCCGGCACAAUCUUUGGUCGCGGGUGUGUCUCGGGACGUCGAGGAGACCUUGCUCGCCGCGUACCGGGAGCGCACACAGAGCCAAUAUCCCUUCUUCUAUUGGGGCACGUUCUUAGAAUGGCUCUCGGAGUGGAAGAGAUGUCCACCUUCUGAGAUCAACGCACACUUGUGGCAGGGCUUCUUCGUCAACCUCGUCUACUCAACCGCUCUUUUGGUCCUCUCGUUGACGAGGAUUGGCAAGUCAGACGCGCGCACCUUUUACAAAAGCGCCAUCACUCUCCUGCCUGCUGUCCUGCGGCAGCCGAAUCCCAUUCUACACGCCCAGGCAUACAUGCUUCUGGGAGUGCACGCACUGCAUAGAAGUUCCACACAUCGCAUUCUGUCGCUAGCGUCAACGACGAUGCGCUUCUGUGUUCAGCAGCAGUUCUACCUCGCCGAGAUGGAGGCGGAACCGAAGACGCCAGCCAUUCGUCUAGAGAACCAGCUUCGCCGUCGAUGCUUUUGGUCUGCAUAUAAUCUAGACCGGCUUGUCAUGUAUUCAUUUGACAUCCCACCUUCGAUCCCGGACGCCAUGAUUACCACUAAACUCUACGCCAACAUAGACGACGAUGAUCUCCCGUCCAUAGCUGCCCAAACGCCAUCGGACCAAGAAUUGCCUGACUCGACGACAUUCACCUCUGUUUCCUCUUCCUUGCACAUUCUGCAAUGCCGACGGAUACAAUCGGAGAUUGCCGGGUACACUCUCCGCUGGGACUACAAGGAUCAGUUUGCCGAGUCUCUAGAUUGGAGAAUUCGUAUCCUCGCCGAGAUGGAAAACUACAAAUCUCGAGUCCAGACAUUCUCUGAUCCGCAGUCCAAAGGCCAUACCUCGCAUAGGUGGCUUGCUAUGAUAUAUCACUAUACGUUACUAAAUCUCUACCGGCCGACAAAGGAGAGUGUCCUGGGGCCUGCUGGAGACUGGUCAGUCCAGGCAAGUAGCCAAGCAUGUCUGAUGUUUCGAAAGUCCCAAAUGGAUCGCAAGAUUGCGCAAGCAUGGCUUGGGCUGCUUGUUCAAUUUCAGUCUGGAAUCACUCUUUUAUACUGCUUCUGGGCCACACCGCCAGAGCAUCGCACCGAAAAUUACCACUCACCUGACGUCUCUGACGCCCUCAGGGCGUGCUCAAAUAUCCUUGCCAUUAUGGCCGAUCGUUGGCCCAAAGCCGACUGCCUCAGAGAUGUAUUCGAACUUCUGGCACGCGAGAUCCCUCUAGUUGAUCAAACAAACAGAGUCAUCAACAGAAUCUCUGAAAAGGCUGUAACAAGCAUCCGAGGGAAACUUCCACAAGUUCGUGCGCUUGUUGUCCAUCGUUCAAUCUUGCGAAUGCUCGAUGAAAUGGUUUCCGAGGACUUCCCCCACAUCAGCGUCACUCCGCCGCCAUUUACCCAAGUGCCUGAAACCAACAGGCUCGAGACUUCUCAAACGCAAAGAUUAAUUAUAAACCCCCAAUUGGAUACGACUCCGGGAACGAUGGCAUUUGAGAUGCCCUUCUCCGCUGAACAAAUGUAUGCAGUUGACAGAUCCAGUAUUGGCGUCUCGGCGCUUGGCACUGAGGAGCUACUGGAAUUUCCCCGCAUGUUUGACUUUGAUGCCUGGGCAUAACCUAUUAUCGCAAGUUCUUGAUUGCUUGGAUGGAAACUCGUUGUACGAGUAAGAAUUUAUGAUCAGAUCAGAUGUGGAUGCCGUCACGUCCCUUACCCGAUUGUUCUGGAUAGUGAAGUACGUUCUCGUAGAAGGUUAUGUCCUUUUCGAGUCUCUCUCCUUCUCAUUCCAGAUGCAAUUAGAUCGUCCCCGAUACGUCUGAUUCGUCGCGAUGAAAUCAUUAGGUCUAGGGUAGGAAGAAUGCGUUGAU